AUGUUGAUCAACCACGAGAAUCCACGUAUUGAACGAGCAAAUAUGGAUGGUACUGAAAGACGUAUACUAGUAAAUUCAAAAAUUUAUUGGCCAAAUACAAUUGCUUUAGAUUUAACAACAAAUCGUGUGUAUUUUGCUGAUAGUAAAUUAGACUAUAUCGAUUUUGUCAAUUAUGAUGGCACUGGUCGUACACAAGUACUAUCAUCGACAAAAUUUGUUCAACAUCCGCAUGCAUUAGCAAUAUUUGAAGAUAUAAUUUACUACAGCGAUCGUCGACUGCAACGACUUCAACUUUAUCCAAAAUAUCCAAAUGGUACAUCAAAAGAAUAUCAAUCACAUACAUUCUCUAAAGCUCUUGGUGUUACCGCGGUACAUCCUAUUUUACAACCACACUUCGAAAAUCCUUGUGCUGCUAAUUCUUGCUCUGAUCUAUGUUUAAUCAGUAAAGAUAUGACAAGCACAUGCAAGUGUCCAUGGGGUAAAAUUUUGGAUGCAAGUGGUAAAAAUUGUAUAAGUGAUAUGAAACCGUUUUUGAUGUUAAUCCAGAAGACGAACAUUUUUGGCUUAUCACUGGAGGAUGCAGUAAAUGGGACACCGUCACUUUGCGGAAUGAUACCAUUGGCUGGUCUCAGCAAUGCGUAUGAUGCGGAUUAUGAUCCGGAAUCUGCUGAAAUAUUUUAUUUGGAACAUGCAACAACAGGCCGAAUAAUUAGUCCUAAUAGCCUUCCAGAAUCACGAAUUGUUCAAGUAUUAUCAUCUGCGAUGAAUCGAACACAGAUAAUUGCAUCACAAAUUCCCGAUGAUUCAUAUACGAUGGCAAUGGAUUGGAUUGGACGAAAUAUGUAUGUUGGAAAUAGAAUUUCGCAAACAAUUGAGGUAGUACGAACAAAAGAUAUGCAGUAUGGAGCAACAAUAUUAAACAAUAAUCAAUCACCGACAUCAGUAGUUAAUCCGGUUGCUUUAGCAAUCGAUUCUGAUCGUGGACUUCUUUUCUGGUUGGAUCGUGGUGGUGGUGCUAUUUCACCAAAAGUAGCUCGAGCUGACUUGGAUGGUAAGAAUGCAUUGGUUGUUGUUUCAAAUGAUCUCACUGAACUAAAUCAUUUAGCGCUUGAUACAAUCAAUCAACGCUUAUAUUUCUCCGAAUCAAAAGCUGGUCGGAUAUCAUUUGUAACAUAUGAUGGUCAAGAUCGACGGUAUAUAUUAAAUGAUGUUGGAAAGCAACCACGUGGUAUCGCAUUCUUUAACAAUCAACUUUUCUAUGCAGAUAGUGCAUUCGAUAGUAUUGAAGUAACUGCCCUAUCCGGUGAUGGUCAAAUAGCACAAUUUCGGCAUUUUAAAAAAGAUGUUGAUCAGCUGAUUAAUAUUAGAGCUAUUUCUGGACGAAGUGCCGGACAUUCUCAUCCAUGUCGGACAGAUAAUGGCAAUUGUGAACAUUUAUGCAUUCCGAAAGCAUUUUCACAGCAUCAUUGUAUGUGUGCUACUGGUUAUGUUCUCGAUGGUACUACUCAUUGCAAACUUUUUGAUCAAUCUUUCUUAAUUGUUGCUACAAAAACACAAAUCACUGGAAUACCAUUGAAAGAGGAGCAAAAGAAAUCGGUAGCAAUGGAACCGAUCGGUGGUACGGCAAUUACUGCAGUUGAUUUUGAAUUCGAGAGCAAAUCUCUCUUCAUAGCAGAAACAUCGGGUCCUAAUCGGGGUAUCUACAAGAUUACUUUGGGUAUUGGCGAAGUGAAGAAUAUUGUUCGAGAUAAUUUUGGCUCAUUUACAGUACGAAGUAUCGCUCUUGAUUGGGUUAAUUAUAACUUAUACUUUAUCAAUGUUGAUUCGGAUCGAACUCAUAUUGAAGUUUGUCAAUUAGAUGGUAAACAUCGUAAGAUUUUACUCUCAACAAAAACUGAAACACCAACUUCUCUUGCUGUAGAUCCAGUUGGUAGAUAUUUAUACUGGGCUGAUCAAGGACAGAAACCUUCGAUUCAGCGAGCUUUCCUGGAUGGAAGUCAUCGACAGGUAGUUGUACAUGAAAAUAUUGCUGAACCAACAGAUUUAAUAGUUGAUCCAAAUAGUCAUAUGAUCUACUGGACUGAUGCUAAACUUGAUGGAAUAUAUCGUGUUCGAGCUGAUGGUGGACCUGUUGAAUUGGUACGAAGCGAUAUUGCCGCUGCAGCGGGCAUUUCAUUACUCGGACAAACAAUGUACUGGACAGAUAAUCGCUUAGAAAAAGUCUUCUCUGCAACCAGCCGUCCGAAUCAGACAUCAUUGUUAUUGUCACCAACGAUAAUUGCUGCUGGUUUAGCUGACCUGGGGAAUGUUGUUGUAUUUGAUGAAUCCGUGCAGCCGAAAGCAUCGUCACCCUGUCAAAUAACGGAUAAUUUGAGGAAAACUCCAUGUACGCAACUUUGCUUUGCCUCACCUGGCAGUCAAAGUCCUUUGUGUGCAUGUGCUCGUGGCGUUCUAAGAGGAAGAUCUUGCGAAGAGCCGGAGACAUUUUUAAUGUUUACGGAUGGUAGUUAUAUAGUAGAUACACCGAUCGAGCCAGACGUAAAGGCAUCAAAUCCGUUAAAGGAAGCCUUGCCGCAAAUUGAAAAUUUACAUACAUUUGAUGUUGAUGUGAAUUUACGUCGCAUUUAUAUGGUUACUGAAUCUCCAAAUGGCGCAAAUAUCUCGUGGUUUGCAAUGAAUCAGCCAGCUAAACGAAGGCUCAUUUUUGGCCCAACAAAAAAUAAAUUUGCUGAACCAGUACGACAUAUUUCGGAUAUGAAACUUGAUUGGUUAACGCAUAAAAUAUAUUUCACCACUGGCAG